AUGGUGUCCCUUCGUGGCGAGGAUGCUGCCAGGGUCAAGACGGGCGACCUCGAAGUUUGCAAGGAAAUCUGCCGUCGGCAUGGCUGGUCUGGCUUCACCUAUUGGGAAGACACGGCCUACUUCCGUGCGCAGGACCGAGCAAUGUUGCUGAAGCACAGGAAAGAGUCCCGUGGAUCCAUCCUCUUUGUGCGCCCCGAGGCCAAGCAGACACAGCACGCUCUGCUUGGAUGCGGGAUGCCGCAGAUGGGAAAGCCAUGGCUUCGUGGUCACCUCUUCGUACACCUGAAAGUCGAACUGAGGUCGAUCAGAAACUUGGCGAACUUGGACGAGGUCUCGGCCGCUUUGCAGGCGCACCAUCGCUCCGAUCGCGGAUGUUGCUGCCGCAGCUCGACGCCCGCAGGGGCCGUCGCGACGGCUGACGAGCUUUUCCAGCUGACCAACAGUAUCGACUGGUCGCAGAAGAAGCCUUCAAUCACCCGAGAGGUAAUCAUUGGAGACGAUAGCUGGGAGAGGGGCAGCCUCCUGCUGAGCGUGGGUCAUGGAGAGAACGAGAUCCGCUUGCGCGGGGGGCGCAAUGCGGACUUGAUGAAGAAGACUUUGCAGGAGCUUCGGGGGAGGAGCACAUCGAUGCGGACUGCGACAUCCUCAGCCGUUGUUUCACAUGGUUUUCACAGUGAGUUGCUUUGCGAGCUGCUUUGCGAGUUUCCCUGGGCUUUUCAUAUCAGAGGCUCCUUGUGGGUGGCUUUGCGGAAGCACCGGGUGGCGCUUCCUUGGCGCUGGGUGCUCCGCUGCCCCUGCCUCGUCUUCUCGGCCACACUGCUCGCAGUCCUUGGGCUGAUUGGGAUUGGGGUUACCAGCGCCCCAAUCAGUCUGAACACGAACUUUGCACCUUGCCUGCAAGAACUGGCAAGCCAUCGUAAGUUCUGA